CCAAGAUUAGUAAGUGUUUUGAUUGCAGAUGUACGUAAAGUUAUCACUGCUCAAGCGCUUGGUGGCAUCUUUUUUGCAAUAUUUGGAGGCCAACCAAUGAUUAUAUUGCUCACUACAGUACCACUAGCUAUAUAUAUUAAAGCAUUUCGUUUCCAUAUCGUCAUGCCAACUACAGUGCCUGCUUUCAGUGAUUUAUAA